UCUUUUUCUUUUUCAGUGAACAAAAUAAAUGAAGGGAAGAUGAACGAGCUCAGACAACAAACAGUGUACAGUGGGACUGUUGAUUUCUGGCAUGGUUAGCGAUUUUGGUGCGUCCCCUCGGGCUAUAGGGUUAUUCUUACCGCUUGACUUCGCGUCGUACGGCGUAGUUUAAACACCGUAUACGCUGGAACCGAGACCGGCCGGCCGCUCUCUCUGCCACGUUUCACUAAAUGACGUCACCGCUCUCGGGCUUGACAGCUCGCGCUGUUGCCGCAGCGUCAGAGAGAGAGAGAGGGAGAGAGAGAGAGAGAGACGGCGAGCGUUAACGUCUAAACAACGGACACAAGUCACCGUCCGCCGUUUUCUCCUUUAACUCGUCGUUUCAGUGACGCUUACAUUUGGAGAACCGGUUAAUGGUAGACCCCGGUCCCGCCGCGGAUUUCUCGUGUUGUUCCUACACCUUCAAGCCGGCUAGCCAAUGCUAGCCGUUUCCUGGUUUGAUUUGCAGCCAUUUUGGGUUUUUCACUGAGAAGCUAACCGUCCCUAGCUAAGCUAACCGCCGCUCCUGUUCGGACCGGGAAUCGUCCCUCCUGCCAUCCGACCGUAAGACAGCUGGGGUUUGACCACACGACGAGUCAACGAUGAAUCCCGAAUAUGACUAUUUAUUCAAGCUGCUCCUGAUUGGUGACUCUGGUGUUGGAAAGUCUUGCCUUCUUCUCCGAUUUGCGGACGACACAUACACAGAAAGCUACAUAAGCACUAUUGGUGUGGACUUCAAAAUACGAACCAUAGAACUAGAUGGGAAGACUAUUAAACUUCAGAUUUGGGACACAGCGGGGCAAGAAAGGUUUCGUACAAUCACAUCCAGCUACUACAGAGGUGCUCAUGGUAUCAUCGUAGUCUAUGAUGUCACAGACCAGGAGUCCUUCAACAAUGUAAAACAAUGGCUACAAGAAAUCGAUCGCUACGCCAGUGAAAACGUCAACAAGCUAUUGGUUGGAAACAAGUGUGACUUGACGACAAAGAAGGUGGUGGAUUACACAACAGCAAAGGAGUUUGCCGACUCCCUUGGCAUCCCCUUCUUGGAAACCAGUGCCAAGAAUGCCACUAAUGUCGAGCAGGCCUUCAUGACCAUGGCAGCUGAGAUCAAGAAGAGGAUGGGUCCCGGGGCCACGGCAGGUGGAGGGGAGAAGCCCAAUGUCAAGCUGACCCCCGGCACCACUGUCAAGCCUUCCACAGGAGGAUGCUGCUGAGAAUCACACCCCCAGUUGCACUCCCCCUAUCCUCCUCCACCUCCCAUUUCUCUGGCCUGUCAGCCACUCCACCCAGCCUUCAUCCUCUAAACUCCACUUUGUCCCAACAUACCCCACCACAAAGGACCGAGAGAGGGAGUACAUGUCUAAGUAAUGUUAAGAAAAAAACUCAAGUUGCCUGUAUUUGUAAAAUACUUAAUUAUAGUUGCACAACUGAAAAGAAGGAAAAAUAUCUUCUCUCCAUUGUCCUGGUAAUUGAUGAUAAACGAUAUGGCCACGUCAUUAAUUAUCUCCAGUUUGCCCUCGAUGGCCCCAUUACCUCUUACCCCAGAGAUCUGUCAGAGACGGUAGAAAUUCUUUGGCACCUAGUUAAACGGCCCUCUGUAUGCAGGUUUAUGAGAACAGUGUGUGUUUGUGUGAGUGUGUGGAUGAGAAUUUCACUGCAUUCCUUCAGUGGGUUUGGUGUGUGACUCAAGUUCACAAUGUUUUCUGUUUGUAUGGACUCAGCAUUAUUUUCUAUCCCUUACGGUUAUUUUGCUGUUAUCAGCAUAUGGUCUAUCUGAUUUUGAAGGAUUUAUAUAUCUCGCCAACUUCGGAAUAUCAGUGUCCAACAUCGCAAGUGUAGUGCAAAAAUAUAUGUACAUAUACAUUAUGUAUAUAUAAAUGUAAAAUCUGAUUUGCAAGAUCUGUAGUGCUCAAUACAUUACUGGGGUAGUCUUGACUCUGUUAUCUCUGCAUUCAAUUUAUGGACGAAGAUCAUUGUCAAUUUGUUGCUCAUCAUGUAAUACUUAAACUGAAAAAAAUAAAUAUUGUAGUACCAUACUGUAUGAACCGGAAAUAUCUGUCUGCAAUUCUUGUUGAGCUGUGUAGAGAAAUGUUUGAAUUAUUUUCUACAUCUGUAUGGCAAAUGUACUUGCCAAUAAUAAGGGGUCGUUUUUUGGCCAGUACCUGUGUAAUUUCCGUACAGAAUUGCAUAUGGAAACUCUGUGUUCGCUUCUCUUCUUAAUAAAGGCAAUUGACUUCAGUUUUAAAAGCA